UGGAAACAUAAUGUAGUGCACAUAAAAGAAAUUCUGGCCCCGGAUAUAUUCAUAUAACCUUCUGAACUAUAUAACCCCCCACAUCAAGGCAAAGUAACCAGCAGAGCUUUUCCGGUCAGCACCAAAUCACCAUGAGCCGUGGCAAUAUUGAUUGGAAUUAUCGCACUCUGCGACAUACACGUCCCCGGAAUGUUCCCUUUCAAGCCAUCACCACCCAAGAUUCAAGCGAACGUAUACACGAUCCAUGGCGUCCCAAUGAAGAGAGAAUGGUAACAAGACCUGUUGGUUUUUCUGGAUAUCCAGUGCAAACACAGUCUCCGGUGCCGAUUAUAAUCCCAGCGCCACUUCCAAUGCAGAGAAACCUGCCAGUUUCCACGCAAGAAGUAGUUGACUCCUCCAGAUUGUCCAACGACGAGCAACACGAGCCAGUAAUGAAGAACCUCAAGAAAGAAAUCUACGACCCAAUAGGAAAGAAACUAUCAGAAAGAAUCUGUUUGUACUACAGAGACAGAGCCAAAUUGAUUAACCAGGCGAAGAACAAGGACUUGGAUGAGGAGGGCAAAAGAUGUGCAAUUUGCUUGGAAGACUUUGAGCCUAAAGAGCAAGUUAUUGUCACUCCUUGUAAUCAUAUCUACCAUGAAGACUGUAUUGUUCCAUGGAUAAAAACCCAGGGCAAGUGCCCUGUUUGUCGAUAUAAGAUCGGAGAAGGAUCUCAAGGAAGUGAAACUAGGCCGCCUGAGGAUGUGAUUGCCGGAGACUUUCUGACAAUGUUAAGGGCCAUGGAAGAGGCUUUUGUGUUAGGCACUACAACCCACUAAUAUAUGAUGUUAUAGUAAUUAGUAAUAAAAAUUUUGCUUUGAAAUUUUACCAUAUUGAUUGAAACAUAGCAUAUUUAC